UUUUGAAUCAACACUUCCCAUCAUGGCUACCGUAGACGUGGAGGAUGAGAGUAUCCUGGUGUCGGUCUUUAAAGACAGCUUUUCUGAGAACUGGAGAGAGAACCCGGACUUCGCGGCGUAUUUGUCGCAGUUGUGCUCGUGCGGUGUGGAUGAGUUAACCCGGGAGCCGGAGCGUCUGUCUGAAGAGCGGGCUCAGAUCCUGCAGCAGACCCGUGAGCUGGCCUUCACCAACUACAAGACGUUCAUCAGGACCGCGGACUGCACACAGCAUAUCUACACUGACUUCAGCACUGUGGAGAACUGUCUCUCGAAACUCUUGCACAAACUGCCCAGCUUUACUGAGAGAUGCAGAGGUUUUAUCAAGGAGGCUGAGGACAUCAGCAUCAGCAGGCGUAUGAACAGCCUGACACUGAAUCGACACACUGAGAUCUUGGAGAUUCUGGAGAUCCCUCAGCUGAUGGACACCUGCGUUCGCAACGGAUACUACGAGGAGGCGCUGGAGCUGGCCGCUUACGUGAAGAGACUGGAGAAAAAGCAUUCAUCGCUUCCUGUCAUUCAGGGAAUUGUGCACGAGGUUCGAUUGUCAGCUCAACUCAUGCUGAACCAACUUCUUCAGCAGCUGCGGAGCAAUUCACAGCUCCCGGUUUGCCUGCGUGUGAUCGGCUACUUGCGCAGAAUGGAUGUUUUCACCGAAGCCGAGCUGCGCGUCAAAUUCCUGCAAGCCCGUGGGAGUUGGCUGCGAUCCAUUCUCACCGCAAUCCCAGAUGAAGACCCGUACUUCCACAUUACAAAGACCAUCGAAACCUGCCGCGUGCAUCUCUUCGAUAUUAUCACCCAGUAUCGCGCCAUCUUCUCCGACGAGGAUCCGUUGCUGCCGCCCGGAGAUCAGGCUUUGAAUGAGAGCGCCAUCUUUCACGGCUGGGUGGUGCAGCAGGCGGCCCAGUUUUUGGAGACCCUCGAUCGGGACCUCCAGCGUGGGGUGGGAAGCCGCUUGGAUUCUCUACUUGGCCAGUGCAUGUACUUCGGCCUUUCCUUUAGCCGGGUCGGGGCGGAUUUCCGUGGCCAACUCGCUCCAAUAUUUCAGCAGGUUGCCAUGGACACGUUCCGGAAGGCUAUUCAGGAAGCGGCGGACAAGUUCCAAGAGGAUAUGAACUCGUACACGCUGAUUUCUUACCCGUCGAUACUUGGAAGCACCAUUCCGCCAGCAGUCCCGAGCACCCAGCCGGGCACACUGCAACCCCCCAUGGCCUUGUUGGAUUUCCCACCUCUGGCCUGCUUCCUCAAUAAUGUCCUGACAGCCUUCAAUGACUUAAGACUGUGCUGUCCUAUUGGACUCGCACAGGAAGUUAGCAGAUGCGUUGAGGAAGCCCUUAUCAAGGUGACCAAGCUGAUCCUGGUUUUCCACAGAGCAGAGGAAUCUGCGUUCAGUAGCCGUGAACGGGAGUUAUUCGUUCAGUUCUGCAGUGCAUUUGCUGAGGACAUGGUGCCUUUCUUGAACCGAUGUCUUCAAGUUCUCUUUCCUCCAGCCCAGCUUUCACUCAUUUUAGGUGUCCCUCCAACCCAGGUUUAUAAGUAUGGCAGUCUAGGCUGCAUCAGUGUGAACACGAUUCUGGAGCCGCUGGAGUUUGUUCUGCCCCAGAAGGAGCCUGUGACCGCUGUCCUGGAUCUCUGCACUGAUCUGAGCAGCCUGACCACAGCCGAAUCCGAUCCCUCGACUGCAGUCAAACCCGAAACUCCUCAAGAAGAAAACCCCGUCAUUUUAGAACAAGAAAAACCUGUCUCAGCAUCUGAUCCUCAUCUUUCUCAAAAAGAGAACAUUUCUGCUGAAGCGGUCACUACAGAGAAAAACGACCCGACCCAAGAGCCCGAACUGACCUUUGAUGUACAGGACUUACCAGAUGAUUCAUCCACACACAGCAGUAAUGUUGAGGAGAUGUUGUCGGAAUAAAAAGCAGUAAUUUCUGUAUGGUGUGUGAUGAGUGUAAGGUGUCCUAAAAUAUGUAUAGCAAAUAACCAUCUGGACAUACUUACACCAGGGUUUGUUUUAGAAUUUUAUUGACAACUUUAUUUUGGUGAAGGUAAAAAUGUAAUAUAUUAUGUAAUUAAAUAUAAUAUUUAAAUGGAGGAAAUAUGUCAGUUGGAUCAUGUUUUUUGACUUACAGUGGUCCCAAAAAGUAUUUCGACAUUUAAGUUGCACUUAAAAUGUCUGAAUGUCAUUGCAUUGUAAUAAAUGCCUUUUGCUUUGAUGGUUUUAUUUGAAAGAAAAUGAUAGAGCUUUAAGCAAAACAUUUUACAUGAAAUACUGUUCAAAAUGAAGACAAAAUGAAUUGUGUAAUUUUCUGUUUAUUUGUGGUAAGUGAAACAUUCUCUGCUUUCUGGUAAGACACCUGUUUGAUUUUGAUCAUUUGAGACUUCACACAUCAUUGCAAAAAACAUAUAUAUAUAUAUAUAGAGAGAGAGAGAGUUCUGUGAAAAGCCUACAAUUUGCCUACAGGUGCAACAUAAAGUUUAACUUAAGUAUUCAAAAACAUUUUGGGUCUUCUAUUGGGUCUUGGGUCUUCUACUAUGUGCUCAUAAUUUACUUGGUUGACCUCUUUUGUAUGUCUUUUGUUUACCGGGGUGUUUAGGGGGGAGAUUUAUUAAAAUAAAAUAAAAAUCAGCCAUUGAAUUGUU